UGACUGAAUUGGUACCUGAAUUGGACCUGGACUUGAUCGAGAAGACGAAAACCUCGAUUGAAAUAUACAUAGGUCCAAAAAGGGAAAAUAAAAAAAAUAAAAAAUAAAAAGAAGAAGUCGUCGAAGAAAUUCAACGCUUAAUGUUUACCACAUUCGUGGGAACACCUCAGUCACUAACUGGGAGUAGUAAGAGUGGACACACGGGAGGAACCUUAGUAUCACCCUCGUCUGAGUCUCCCAUCGCCUCGGUUCGUGCCACAUCUAGGCCAAAGCGACCCCAAGUCGCACGGGCUUGCGACUGGUGUCGAGUACACCGAGUCAAGUGCGACACCAAUCUCCCAUGCAAGAAUUGCCGUAACAGGGGAUGGCAAUGUAGCAACAAAUCCUCUAACGAGUCCCGCACUCUAGCCAACGCUUAUCGCGAGAUUGACCGACUGAAGCAACAAGUCAUCGAGCUAGAAGAGCAGCUUAAAGAAGAGAAUAAUGCUGCCAGCAAUGCCAGUCGCUCAUCUUCAACUAAAGCGUCGUCACCUGUGGAUCUUAACUACAUGUGGGAAUCCACCAGCACCAAGAAGUCCUGGGAUGGGAUUCAGACUAGUACAGCCCACUCGCGCCAGAAAACGUGGUACGGACCGUCGUCACUCUUCUAUUUUAUUAGUCGGGUGAACAAUUACCUCACCGCAGCAUUUCAGCAAUUACAUCUAGAGGAGCAGAUACAACUCAAUUCGGUCGCCAGAUCAUUUCCGACCCCUAAUUGCAGUAAUCCAUCUGACGACCAAGAGCUGCUGGCAUCUCAGGAACCUAAUAAGGGAACAACUUCCGGAGAAUUUCUCACGCCAACCCAAGAGGAGUAUUUUCUGGACCUAUUCUGGCAAUCUUUUCAUAGCUCCUUACUCGUCUUGAAUGAGCUCGAUUUUAAGAAGCACUACAAGUCAUUAUGGGUCACCCCUGGUAAACCCCGGAAGCCUUCAGCCCUAGUGGAUAUUGUAAUCGCAUUAUGUAUGCAGUAUGGUAUGGCUGCAAUACCACGCGGCGCAAAGGUCACAUCUGACGUGGAUGCUGAUGAUCCGACCAUCGCUGGGCGAUGGUAUUAUCGGAGAUGUCAGAGCCUCCUUACCGGCGAGUUGGAAAGCCCGACGAUAAGCACGCUACAGUGUCAGCUUCUCUCUGUCGUCUAUCUCUGCUGCGCCUCGUUCCAGAACAUGGCUCACAGCACCCUUGCUCUCGCCGUUCGUACCGCGCAGAUGCUUGGACUGCAUUUUGAGCCGCCUGAGACCCUGCCGCUUGCUGAAAGGGAAAUGCGCAAGCGUCUCUAUUGGUCGCUUUACAUGGCUGAGAGCAAGACAGGCAUGAAGCUAGGCCGUCCUUUCUCAUUAAGCUUAUCCACAACCCUGUGCAGCUUACCCAGCGACGACCACGAUGUUGCAUUGCUAGCUGGAUCCGACUUUGCACCGCUUGGAGAGAACGUCACGUGGCUCAGCUACAACUUACACAAUACCAAGUUGAUUCUAGCCGCGCGUGCCGUCCAUACGGCAUUGUACGACAAGUACUCGGAAGUCUAUAAUGGUGAAAAAGGUACUAUCAUCUAUGAUGACCUGGAAGCUCUAGAACGGCUUGCCGAUUAUCUCGCAACGAUAAUCAAGACAAUGGAUACCUGGGCCGCUGCUGUCCCUGAUGCGCUUAAAACGAAGCGUGCGGGGGGUGGCGUCGCUUUGUCGACAGACCAUUCGCCCCUUAUUCUUGAACGGUUCGCGCCUCUCUGGUUGCAGCGGCAACGCUUACUCUUAGAGCUAUUGUAUCAUCACCUAUCUAUGAAUCUCUACCGACCGUUUAUAGUAUUCCCAUCUACAUCCCCAACCUCAUCUUCUCUACCGCCCCCAACACCGGUAACCCAAUCACACGCUAGCUCAGCCGUGAACCACGCCAUGGCUAUAACGUACAUCAUGCACCAAAUACUGUCGGAGACUGAUAUCCUAUGCGGUUGGCUCGAAUCCUUCCAGUGGCAAUGGAAUGCUGCUGUUACUAUGGCUGGAUAUCUCCUCGCGCACCCAAACUCCAAUAUUGCGGGUACAGUACGCCAGUGUGUGGAGCGUGCCGUAGCUGUAUUUGAAAUAUUCGGGCGCAGCUUUGCAGCGGCCAACAGUGCGGCGGCUGUGAUGCGUGAUCUUACGACGAAAGCCGACUUUCUCGCCUCUAGAACGGUAGACGGCCAGAUGCAGGUACUAGACCACGUGGUAGGAGGAGGAGCAGGGUCGAUAGAGAGCAGCGGACCCAUGAUGCAUACGAGUGAAGACCACAUGACGAUGCAGAACGUAAUAGCAAUAGACACGGCAUUCUCCGUGGACUCAUCUACCGGUUUAGAUAUGUUUUGGUCUUCUAUGGGCGGCAUGCCAGAUGAAUGGGGAUACAAUUUUGGAGUUGGCUAAAGAUUUCAGGAUAAGAGAAUGGGAAUACCAUAUACUAGGUACAUAUCAAGGUAUUGUAGGAUGUUGAAAUUCUAUUUGAUAUACAUAAGUACCUGACGUCUUGGAACACGAUAUUUACAACUUGAAUCUAUAAAGUUGAUUUUUCAUGUCAUAUAGUUAGUUAGAACAUUAAACUUAUAAAAGACUUGCAUUUAGAAAAUCCAUCUGUGCUCGCACCUUGUUCUAUCUCUUCCCUAUUGCGUUGGCGUUAGUAGAACUGCAGUUAGCAUAGACGAGCACAAAAGCUCUUGGCAUAUCUGCAGCGGCAUCUCGUAUCUAGUAACUCUAGAGAUCGGGUCCGAU